AUUAGUUUUAAUUUUCCAUUUAUUGAACCAUAUUUCAAGAUCGUUUAAUUGAAGUUGUGUGCGUAGGAUUGCAUACGGUAAACUUUUGUCGUGGGUAAAGAUAACUGUGUCGUCCGCAUACAUUUGGAUGUUUGAAUGAGUAAUUGGUAUGUCAGCAGUAUAAAUAUUGUAUAGAAAUGGAGAAAUGGCAGAGCCUUGAGGUACUCCAGCAGUGAUGGAGCGAGUGGAAGAAUGGCCUUUGUCAAUGGGGCAGAACGGGGUGCUGGAGUCGCCGACGGGCACCGGCAAGACGCUCAGCCUGCUGUGCUCGAGCCUGGCCUGGCUCACGGCGAAGAAGGCCCAGCGCCAGGCCCAGGCCCAGGGCCUGCUGCAGCUGGAGGACGGGGACUUGGUCGCGGGGCUGCAGAGGAGCCUGGACGCCGCCGUGGGGACCGUGCCGGCCGCCAGGACCUGGGGAGACCCGAAGAUCAUCUACGCGUCGCGCACGCACGCCCAGCUGACCCAGGCCGUGCAGGAGCUGAAGAGGACGCGCUACGCUCACGUGAAGGUGGCCGUGCUGGGCUCCAGGGACCAGAUGUGCAUCCACCCUGAAGUGUCUGCGAUGAACAACACGAACAAGGUUCAUUUUUGUCAUAUCAAAGUGAGUUCUCGCUCAUGCCACUUCUAUAACAAUGUGGACACAGCCAAAGAGAGUUCUGCGCUCAAAGAUGGAGGUAUUCUCGACAUUGAGGACUUGGUAAAAGUGAGCAGAAAAAUGCAGUGCUGUCCGUACUACGUUGCCAAAGCAGUGAAAGACUCUGCCGAUAUUGUCUUCAUGCCCUACAACUACCUCCUGGAUCCCAAAAUGAGGCAUUCUCAAGGUAUCGACCUACUAAAUAAUGUCGUUAUUUUGGAUGAAGCACACAACGUGGAAAAGAUGUGUGAAGAAGCAGCCUCUCUUCAGAUCUGCAGCAGUGACAUAGCAUUGGCAAUCACGGAAAUCACACAGAUAAUGGAGGAGUAUGCAGUGAUCAUGAGCUCGAACUCGGAGGUGACGAGUGAAGAGGGCGUGAUUAGGGACUUCUCCCCGGAUGACUUGUGCAUCAUGAAGACCAUGUUCCUGGAGGUGGAGAAGGCGAUCGAUGACAUCACAGUAGCAGGGGACGGCUCAACUUACCCUGGUAGUUUUAUGUUUGAUCUGCUGGGCAAAGUUGAGCUGACGCCUGGGAAAGCGCAGGUCGUGAUGGAUCUGCUCGAGAAAGCGAUAAAGUACCUGACGACGACGAAUCCCUCGCCGUACCAGCGCAAAGGAGUCGGCCUGCAGAAGUUCCAGGACCUGAUGAAGGUGGUGUUCUGUGUGGGUGCCCCGAGUCAGGCGUACCUGAGCAAGUUGAAGAAGUGUUACAAGGUGCAUGUGACGUUGGAAGAAGUUAGUAAGAAGACCCCAAAGAAUGUGACGAAGAAUGGUAAAGUGAUCAAUUACUGGUGCUUCAGUCCUGGAUUUGGGAUGCAGCGCCUGGCGGACCAGGGCGUGCGCUGUGUGCUGCUGACGAGCGGCACGCUCUCGCCGCUCAACGCCCUCGUCAAGGAGCUGUGCAUCCCCGUGCCCGUGACCCUGGAGAACCCCCACGUGAUCCGCCCCAGCCAGGUGUGCGUGGGCAUCGUGGUUGCGGGCCCAGACGGCGUGCCGCUGGACUCCUCCUACCACAACCGGGACAACCAGGCGUACGUGAGUUCGCUGGGACGCACCAUCCUCAACUUGAGUCGCCUGAUCCCUCACGGCCUGCUCGUGUUCUUCCCCUCCUACAUCGCCAUGAGGAAGUGCCAGGAAGCAUGGCAGAAAGAUGGCCUGUGGACCAGAAUCUGCGUUAGCAAGCCGAUAUUCGCCGAGCCUCAAUCGCAAGACGGCCUGGCGGCAGCUAUCAGCGAGUACUACGCCAAGAUAGUUGAUCCCAAUGUGAAAGGGGCCUGCUUCAUGGCAGUGACCAGAGGGAAGGUGUCGGAGGGCUUGGAUUUUGCCGACAUGAACGGGCGGGGAGUCAUCGUCACCGGACUCCCGUUCCCUCCGUGCAAGGACCCGCGGGUCAUGCUGAAACGCAGUUACUUGGACGAGUUGUUGAAGGAGUCAAAAAACGGCCUGUCGGGGGACCGCUGGUACCAGCUGGAGGCGUCCCGGGCGGUGAACCAGGCCGUGGGCCGGGUCAUCAGGCACGCCCAGGACUACGGGGUGAUACUGCUGUGCGACAUGCGGUUCAGCCGGUCGUCCUUCCCCCGCCAGCUGUCCUCCUGGAUGCAGCCCCACAUCAGGGUGUUCAGGAACUUUGGGGAAGCGGUCAGAGUCGUAAAGAACUUCUUCACAGUAGCGGAGAGCACGCUGCCCGCUCCGAAGGUGAGGCUGGACCUGGCAGUGGAAGGCACGAGGGCCGUCGCCUCCGUGCCGGCUGCGUUCGACACGUCGGCGCGGCGCGUGAGCGGCAGGGGGCCGUCCCGGGGGCCCUCGACGAGCGCCAGCAGCAGCGCCCCUGACUGGUCGCCCGAGGACUACUCGUCGCCGGCGCCGGCCGGGAGCGGGGCCGACGCCGCGGGUCUGUUCGACGCGCUCGACAGGCCCACGCCGGUGAUCGACUUCAACGACACGUGCUGCGCCGGGGGGAGGGUCGCCGCGCCGUGCGGGCCCGUCCCCAAGAGGAGGAAGCUGAGGAUCGUGCCCUCGAGCAGCCUGAAACAAGACCGCGCCGUCGACUCGGGACAGGCGCGGGAGAGAGCGGGCGACAACGUGAAUCCGGAUAAAAUGGCUCUGACCCGGAAUUACGUGAAUGAGGUGAGGAAGUCGUUGGACAGUGCCAGUUACCAGAAGUUCAGAUCAGCCGUGCAGGAAUACACGGCAGGCGGCAGUUUCGACGACUGCUUCGAGGUGCUGAAGGAGGUGUUCCUCACGUCCAGACUCAACCCGUUGCUACGAGGGUUUCGCAAGUUCAUCAAGCCGGAUCACAAGAAGACCUUUGAGAGUCUGUGCCGGUCCUUGGAGAGCAGUUUGACUGCUGUACAGGAAUAACUUCACUACUAGGCUGUGCUGUUGGUAGCAAACACACUCGCGUACACACUAAUGUGUGCCUUUGUAUAUAUAUUUUCAUUAUUACGUUCAGUGUGAUAUGUUUUUAUACUUUUUUGACAGCUUUAAAGUGUAUCAUGUUUUAUAUGUUUUUAUGUUUUAUCGUUCCUGUGUUAAAAAUGUACAAGAUAACUGUCAAUUUUCAUAUUGAUGUUUGGAAUGUUUGGCAAAAAAAAAAUUAUAGUUGUGCUUAAAUUUAAGGAAAAAUACGUGGGUCCAUUUAAAAUUUAUACUGCAUUUAAAUAUUAAUUUAUUAUUAAAGAGAAACAUGAACUUUUCAGUUUCAAA